AUCUUGGACGAGUCCGAGGAGGAUCCUUUCCUGAGGGAAGCAGCAGGAGCCGCCGCCGUAGCUGCCGCCGCCCCGCGCCUCCUCUCCCUCCCCCGGCCACCCUUGCCUGUUCGAAUCCGUUUCCUCCGCCGCCUGGGGCCCAGGCCCGUGACUGUCGCUUCUCCUUGGUGCCCAGGGGCCUCCUCUUCCCCUCUUGACGCUUCACGCCCCGUUCGGAAAGCUGCCCAGCCACCAGCCACCCCCCAGUGCCACAAUGGCAACUGCACCGUACAACUACUCCUACAUCUUUAAGUACAUUAUUAUUGGGGACAUGGGAGUAGGAAAGUCCUGCUUGCUUCAUCAAUUUACAGAAAAAAAAUUUAUGGCUGAUUGUCCUCACACAAUUGGUGUUGAAUUUGGUACAAGAAUAAUUGAAGUUAGUGGCCAAAAAAUCAAACUGCAGAUUUGGGACACAGCAGGACAGGAGCGAUUUAGGGCUGUUACACGAAGCUACUACAGAGGAGCAGCGGGAGCACUUAUGGUCUAUGAUAUUACUAGAAGAAGCACAUAUAACCAUCUAAGCAGCUGGUUGACAGAUGCAAGGAAUCUCACCAAUCCAAAUACUGUAAUAAUUCUCAUAGGAAAUAAAGCAGAUUUGGAAGCACAGAGAGAUGUUACUUAUGAAGAAGCCAAACAAUUUGCAGAGGAAAAUGGCUUAUUGUUCCUUGAAGCAAGUGCAAAAACGGGAGAGAACGUAGAGGAUGCAUUCCUGGAGGCUGCCAAGAAAAUCUAUCAGAAUAUCCAAGAUGGAAGCCUGGAUCUGAAUGCUGCAGAAUCUGGGGUACAACACAAACCUUCAGCUCCGCAGGGUGGACGGCUAACUAGUGAACCCCAACCUCAGAGAGAAGGCUGUGGCUGCUAGUGACCUCGAUGCCAUAGUCCCAUUUCUGACUUCACCUCUGUCUGUUGGAAGCAGCACUUUUUACUGCCUCCUUGUCUUCUGUACAUCUUACUGGGUUUGAUUUAAAAACUCUGCUGAGAAAACAGGUUAACACAAUACUAAACUGCUAAACAACUUUAGAUGUAAUCAGGUCCUCAAAGGCAAGUAGAGUAAUAAACCUCUCCUGCAUGGUAAAGCUAGAAGUUUUUUUUCCCCUUGAUUGUCCUUGUGAUAGAUAUGUCACCAAUACAUGAUUUAAACUGAGCACUGAUGCUGGACUCCUGAUUUUUACACUUUUUUUUGCAGGGCUUUGUUUAUCUUGGACGGUUUAAUUUAAUGGUCUCUUAAGCCUUUCUCCCCACUUCCAACUGUUCCAAGUAUGUCCAUUAUAACAGAUAAGUUUAUUUGCUGUGAAAUGACUUCUGACAGUAGGAAAGGGGUUCUGUAACUGCAUCUUUUUGUUGGAGAAAUUUCCCUGUUGGGUGGGUGUUCUAUUUUUUUCUUGCAGGGGUAUGUACAUUUACUUCUGUCUUAGCCUAGCACAGGGAAAAUAUCCAUUUAUCUUUUUUCUUGUGCUCAAUAGCUUUAGCUCUUCCAACCCAUUUUAUCUUUAUCUUUGUUAAUGGAACGUAAAUAUGUAUAAAAUUUGAAGGAACUGAACUAACAAAUACAUUCUGUGUAUAUGAUUUUAAUGAAGAAAAUAAAUUGAUUACUGGCAUUAGAACAGUAUAUAAUAAAAUACCAGUUUGUACAGUACGACUUAUAUGUGACCAUGUUCAUCCCUCCUACUUUCCCAUUUAACACAAGGAAAUAGACACAGUUGCAUUUCACUAAAGUGAUAUUGGCUUAGAUUCCUUCUCCCUGGCAGUUUUUGGAGCAUUCAUUUGCUGGCAGGGGAUAUUGUGCUGGGAAGAGCUCCCGAUUGGAAAGGAUUAACACUAUCAGAGCUUAACGAUUGCUGCCUUUGUUCCAUCUCUGCACUACGGUAUAUCUGCUGUUCUUAACCCUGUUCUUGUGCAAUCAACAAUGUGCUAACCUGCUUUUCUCUUUUGUAAACAUUUUUGCAUUAUUGGGCUGCGUUUCCUGCCUUACUGUAUAGAAAAAAAAAAGGCUGGGUUUAUUAUUGCACAUUUUAAGCUUUUAUACCUUUAUCUUUUUGGAGUGGUCAGUUUCUGAACUGGAUAGCCAGAAUGGCAGGUCUGCUCUUAGGGGAUUUUAAACUGUGCAUUUUUAACACUACAGUGAAAUCAUUUCAGUAAUAUGAUCCCUCUUAUUUAAAGCUUUGGGGGCCAUUUUAUGCCAUGUUGGCAUAAGUAGUUUUGUAAAAGGGAAAGUAUUUCUAAUGGUGUUUCAGUGCAUGUGCUGACAGGAUAAAAUUUACACUAGCUAGUUUGGCCAUUCAGAGAAUACUAUGUAUUUCAAGGAGAUAAGUUAGUUACUUCAGAUAUAGGUCAGGAUUUCUCUAGAGAUAUUCUCUACUAUCAAGUGUUUCCCUUCUGUGGACUAAUUUAAAAUUUGUUUUAUGUAAAGAAAGUUGGGAUGCGGUUACUUUUUGGAGACUGCUGGGUAAAUUUUGGCCUGUUAGAAAUAAUGCAUUUAGUAAAACUGCAGUGUUUCAAGUACACAUUUUAAAUCCCUGUUUGCAGACACUAAGGUAAAAUUCUCUAUUUGUCAGAGUUGUAAAAACAUGGUGGUACUAGAAUAUUGUAUAGUCAUUGUUAAAAGCCAAAACUGGAAUGUGCAGAUGAUAGGAUUUGGAUAAUUUUAUGCACUGUCCUUUUUGUUUGUUUUUGUCUUUUUUUAAAAAAACAAAACAACAUAAGAUUCCUGAUGUAGAUUGGUGUAUACAGUCGCUCCAUUUUGCUGAAACAGUUGCACACAAGGGGUUCACCCAGGGACCAUGACCUACUGGUAUACAAAAUAUAUAUAUGUGUGUGUGUUUGUGUAUAUGUGUGUGUGUGUGUACGUGCACACACACAUACACACAUACACUAAAGCCCCCCACCGGGAUAUAAAGUAGAAAUCACGAUCUAAAGAUUACAGCUUGUUUAGGUGCGAUACCCUGACUCCCAAAGUUAGUUGCAGUGGGUCUUAAUUGUUUCUGUGACCGAAGGAUUUGUUCAGACUGCUGUACUCUUCAUUUGAUGUAACAAAAUGCUAUUAAUCUAAAUAUUUGUAAAUAAAGUACCUGUAUCUAGAUUAAA